AUGCAAUCUCAUAGAUCCUAUUUCAUUGAGUUUCCGAGAGAUUUGCAAUCCCUCCUGCCUGCUGGAGUUUUGUCGCCCAUGUGCGGCGAUCGGUCCGACUUUUCCUUUUUGUUUCGCAAAGGCUCACCGGAACAUUACCGGAAAUUGAUUGUGGAAUUUGAAGGUGGCCCCGCCUGUUGGGGGAACCAAUGUUCGUGUGAUGCUUCAGACCGUCAGGUUCCUUGGCAAGACUAUGCCCAAGCUUACAAUGACACGGACGAUCAGGCCUUGCCACGAUUGGGUUCGUGCCAUGGAGUGGUUCCAGAUUUUGUUUCCACCCUGACGUCCUCCUUGUUUGACAAUACGACUGCUUUUGACGUUCCACUCAUGGAACGACAAGAGUCAGGUUGGUGGGACAAGAUUGACAACGGCAACAACAACAAUAAUAUGAAAGAUUGGAGUUACAUUUUGAUUCCGCAUUGCACCUUGGAUUGGCAUUUGGGAUACGGCCAACAGGGACAUGUUACGGGAUGCGACACGGAACGCUUGGAACACCGUGGGGCGGCCAACCGAGACGCGGUUUUGGCGUGGGUAGUCCGGCAAUUUGGAAGGGAAGAGGUUAGUUGGCAAGAUUUUUAUUUUGGUGCCGUGCCCGCUAUGACCGGUUUGCAGGGUCUCGUGACAGUGGCAGGAGGGAGUAUUGGAGGUUGCGAUUUAUCCAAUCCGCAAGAAGCAUCCGCAAGUGUGGCGUCGGCAAUCUUUGCCAAUCGGGCGGCCUCCUAUUUCACUACCAUGGAAUCGGCUCUGGUGGUGGUGGAGGGAGCCAGUCUCUUUCAUCCCGCGUUGCCGCAAUUCGAAACCUUCCAGACAGUUUUGGAAGCUGUGGAGCUACCAUUUGGAAACCUGCCAUAUGAUUUGAAAUACUUUGUGGGACGAGCGCCGAGCUCGGUGCACCAUGUGUGGGUAUCCUCGUCCGAUGGCGGCAUGAAUGCGGCAUUGGAAGAGCAACUAUUGCGGGAGAUGGAACAGGCCAGGGGUGAUCGCUUUCAUCGAUUUACUCCAUCGAGUGACUACAGUUCCAAUGCUUUUGAGAAAUGUCCCAAAUACGCCUUUCCUCGGGACAACGAGGAUGAGUCGUUUGGAAAGUUUCUAGAAGGAGUGGUGCGGCAGCUCUCUUGGACUUAUGCGGAAGCUCCAGCAAUUGGUGGUUCCUCUUUUGCAUCAUCAGAUGCAAGCGAUGGUGAUUCUUUGUCAAUUCAAGAAGUCUUGAAUGGCAAUGGUGAGGAUACUGGUACAGAUGAUGAGGUUACCUUACGUCUCAGUUGGCUGGCAGUCGCUGUGAUUUGUGUUGCUAUUGUGGUAUUCGCGUACAUGGUCUACUUUGCGCUGCGGUAUCAUCGGUCCAAGAAGAAUAGCCCACCACCCAUUGGCCCCUACCAGAUCUGGUUGUAUGCCUUGACGCACUAUCCACGAUGCUUCUUGUUGGUGUCUCUUGGCAUACCAAUCUUUUUGAGCUGGCUCGCCGUUUCGCGGGCUGGAUACACGGUCAACAUCAACCUAGACUUUCAAUCCUAUCUUGCGAUUUCCAGUGGCGUAACUAUUGUUUCUGAUAACUAUGAUGGUGCCGUUGCAUUUCAGGAGACUUCGUCGAAACAGGCGGAUCUUAUUUGCAAUGCCCUUGGAGAUUGGGGAAUCUACAAACCGGACGACCGAAGAAGCCUUGCAUGGUUGGAAGGCCAAUCAAGCGAAAGUGAUGCGAAUACCAGCCGUCAUUUGCAAGGCGGAGAUGAUGGAGUUUCACAACGACCAGCACUUUACCGAACAACAUUGCAGGUGAUCUACGAGAAACGAAAUGGUGGUAACGUCUUUACACCGACAUUGCUCGAGGAACUGAAGCAGUUUGAACGAGAUGUGAUAGAGUAUCCGCGUUAUGAAGAGUUCUGUCGGCGUUUGUCAGACGGAUCCUGCCGGUUCGGAACUCCCUUGUCCUGGCUACUAGAGGCUGAUGGAACGUUUGUAGAUGACAUUGAGGGGACCUUGGCGGAAAAGGCAACUCCCGAAAAAGUCGAUCAGUACUUUAACAUUCCCAACAACUUGGCGAGUAAUAUGACCAAGAGUUUCAUCUACUUUCAAGGUGAAAGCAGCGAAGCUGUGAAUUCAUUCUUGAAAGGCUUUUAUGAGGACUUUUUGAUCAAACGGGACCAAGAAAGGUAUUACCCGAACUUGGUUUUCACCUGGGAGAACGGAUUCUUGUUGCAGCAAGAAGCCAAUGAAGCCUUGCUUCACGAUGCCCUUUGGAGUGUUGGAAGUUUGGUGGUUAUUGGAAUUAUGAUUUAUUUGAAAGUGCAAGACUUUUUCGUCUUUUUUUUCGGAAUGCUCGGGUUGAUCCUUGCCUUUACAACUUCGUACUACUGGUGCACGGCUCAUUUUGGCAUUCCUGAAAUUACUCUCCUUCAUAUCGCCGGUUUGUUUGUGAUGUUGGGAAUCGGUGCAGACGACAUCUUUUUGAUGGUUGACUCUUAUGAGCACGCCAAAAUCGGUAUGGUCGCAGAAGAAGACGAAGAAGAUGGAUCAAACCAGAACCAAAACCAAUCCAAUUCAUCGUUUGUCGAGAGUUCGGCAGACCCAGAUGCAAAUGGAAGAGAAGAAAGCCGCGUCGAAAAGAUAAGAAAGCAAAUGCUAUGGGCUUACUCGACCGCAGGAGGAAUGAUGCUUGUCUCGAGUAUGACGGCUGCAGUCUGUUUCUUUAGCAAUGCCUUUGGAGUGCUGGUGGUGAUCCAAGACUUUGGUAUCUACAUGGGAAUGGUUGUUUUGAUCAACUUUUUCCAUGUGAUGACUAUUUUACCGAGUGCUAUAUUGGUGAAUGAGAUAUACUUCAAACCAUUUUGCUGCUGUUGUUGCUCGGGGGGAAAGAAGGGAGAUGAAGAUAUUGCCAGUACUGAUCUAAAUGGUUCCUAUGAAAACAAUGGAGCCCCAGGAAGAAAAAGCGGCUACGAUGUGGAAGCAAGCUUGCACAGGCAUGAAUCGACGGGAAAUCCACGCCACAGCAAUGGAAAUGAGAACCUUGGCGAAAUUGCUGCACCGUCUUCUUUGGGCUUGAUGGACAGGAUACUUUACAACGGCUACGCUCCUUUUCUUGUCCGAAGACGGAUACCAAUUCUUGCGUUAUCUAUCCUGUUUGCUAUCAUCAUUGGCAGUCUUGGACUUGCAAAUCUCGAAUUCACUGAUGGUUCGAUUAUUAUUUUUUCGAAUGAAUACAAUCAAGGCCGGUUAACAUCAAUCAAGAAUAACUACUACAGUCAAGUCGACCCGGCAUCACUUUCAUUGGGCGGAUCAAUCGGGUCAGUAGGAGGUUCGGGUACUGGCGGAAGUGUUGGAAGUAUCGGUGGUGAUGCUGGAAGUGGAAGUGGUGGUUUCAGCGGUGGAACGGGUGGGAACUCAGGUGGAAACCCAGGUAGCAAUCCUGGGACUGGGGGAAAUGGCGGUUCCACCGGGGGAGGUGGAUCUGUAGGUGGUGGUGGGACAACAGGGGGUACUGGAGGCACUGGAGGUGGCACCAACUCAAAUGGCGGAGGCGGUGGGGCAGGCUCGAAUGGCGGUGGGACUGGAUCCGGCGGAGGCACUGGCGGAGUGACACCAACGCCAAAUGACGGCAAUGGCGUCGGUGGUGGAGGAGGCAUUGGAGGUGGUACACCAGUUGCUUCACCGACCAUGAGACCAACUGCUCCGACUCCCAGUCAGACACCGGGCAUAAACACAGGGAACGAGACCAGUUCUUUGGUAGAAACAUCAGUUAAACUGCUGUGGGGGAUCGAUACACAGAGCACCGAUACCACUGGCCCGUGGAGAGUCAAGAGCAGCAUGAAGAAGGUUGAGGAUGACGAGAAGUCCCUUCUAGCUGGCGUUUCUGGUUUUGAUGUAACAAAACCAGCCAAUCAACAGUGGCUUUUGGAAGUGGUGCUGGCUGCUAGAGCUACCAAAAGUCUCAACGCCAUAUCUUCUGAGCCCACAUGGAUAGAGAUGCUGGCCGACUUUGCCAGGAAACAAGAUGGCGGAUUUCCGAUACAAAAGGAACUCUUUACGAGUUACGUGGAAAUCCUCAAGUUCAAGGAUCCGGCUUUCGAAGAAAUUGUGAAGGAUGAGAUUGGAACUUCUCUUCCUGGCCUCGCUGGGCAGCCUCUAUACGCUAGUGUCACAUUCCAGUCCCGUGCAUCGUCAUCUCUUGGGUCAUUCAGCAAAUGGACAGAAUUUUCAGACACAAUGAAUGAGAAGGCUCCCAGCGAUAUUCCUCCGAUGGUCGCUCAGAGUGAUCUUUUCUGGAACAGUGCCAGAGCUCAAGAGACUAUUGAUGCAACUGUCAAUACUUGGCUACUUGCCAACUUGCUUUGCUUCGCGAUUAUUCUUUUCUUCACUCAGAACCUGCUGCUUUCUGCAAUGGUUAUCGGGACAAUCAUUCUAAUGUUCAUGUGCAUUGCGGGGUGGUUGUUUUUUGUGCUUGAUCGAGCUCUUGGUCCUGUCCAGGCAUUGGGUGUUUCCAUUUUCAUUGGAUUGAGUGCCAACUAUUCACUACACGUCGUGCAUGCCUAUCAUAGAUCGAAAAGUGCUAAUCGCAAGACCAAAGUGAAGCAAGCUAUUUUCAUCACUGGCUCGCCGAUUUGUGCUAGUGCCAUUUCAACAAUUGGAGGCUGCGUUUUUCUCUUUGGGUGUCGGGCAAUUCCUUUGGUGGAACUUGGCAUUCUUAUCUGCUGUGUGACAGCAAUGGCUCUCCUGUACAGUAUGGGUUUUUUGCUUGCAUGGUUGUUGGUGAUGGGCCCGCUUCCGAGUGAAGAUGCAAGUGAAACAAUGGGACGGCAGCUUCACCGUUGGGACAUCUAUUGGGUAUGUCACGUGCUGUCCCGGCGUUGUAUGACCGGAUCCACGGCCACGGAGUCGCGAACAACACCUCUUCAAAAGCUUCAAAGUAGUGCAUCAUCUAUGUUGUCAACUCUGAAGGCAAACCUGGAGUCAACGCAAUCCAGUGCCUCUGAGUCACGAACGACGCCUGUUCAAAAGCUGCGAGGUGGUGCAUCAUCUAUAUUGUCAACUGUGAAGGUAAACCUUGAAGGAAGGCUUUCGAAAAAGUCUUCGAAUGUGGACGAAAUCAAAGAUGCUGAGCGGGAUAAUACAAGAAGCAUUCCGACAUUCCCAUCUUCAGCUUCAAACCUAUCUAGCGACAACGCUGCAAUUCAUCGCGAUGACCCAAUCAGCAUGUCAAGUGAUGUGAUGCAAUAUCCGAUCGAAAGGGCCGGGAUAGCACCGAGCUUAUACGAACCCGGUGUGGGCGAAGGGUUUCGUCAGCAUCAAGACAAGGUCGAAAGUGGAGGAAGUAGCGCGCAAAUUCGGGCGCAACCAAGCGGAUUUGAAGUCUCAACUGAACAUUCGACCCUUUUCGAUACGCGCGAAGGCCCACCGCAGAACCAUCCCCCAAGUAUGCCAAUUGUUGCCCAGCAAACCGAUUAUGCCUACAAUAACAGGGGCCUGCCACCAAUGUUGUACAGCUACAGUGAAAACGAAAACCUUCAAUCAGUUCAAGCCCUGGUACCUGUAGAACCCCUAAGACGCGCGCAUGCAGUUACUCAUGGCAUCGGCCUCGGGAGUACGGCAGCGGAACCAGUCAGUACUCAAGCGCUUGGUCCAGGAGACGAGUUGCUCAGCGGAAAUGUGGACAUUUCUUCCAGUUCAAACCAAAUCAGUAAAAUCCAAAUGCCGCUGGAGAAUUGUCCUCCAAGCAUUCAGAAGUAUUCAGACAAAGAGGAAGAUUCCAAUGAUAAUUGGGACCUUUCAUCGAUCAUGAGCUACAUUAGUGGAACUAGUGGGAUUGAAAGGGCCGGCUCGACAACAAUUCAACCAACAAGUAUGCUUGUGCUCGGUCCACAAGAUGACCACAGUGUUGCAUCAGGGUUAGGGCUGGAUCCUAUCGACCACCCUCAAGGAGCCAUGGUCUCAAAUAGCGACUUGGACAAUGAUUGGGAUCUGUCAUCGAUCAUGAGCUACAUUAGUGGAACUGAACGGGCUGCCACGACCACAACUCAACCGACCAGUAUGCUAAUGCCGGGUCCACAAGAUGGCCAUAAUGCUGCACCAGAGCUGGCGUUGGAUCCUGUCGAUCACCUUCAAGGAGUCAUGGUCUUUCGACCCACAGAUAUGGAUGAUGAAGGUUCCGUACCAUUCGAUGAAAUGUGA